CUUGGCAAGCUAAACUGUACCUUGACCUGUUGUACAAUGGCUUCAGGCUCAACAGAACCUGACACUGUUGAAACUUUAGUGUCAAAGAGGGACAGUAUGUCAGUUGUGUGGGACUAUUUUGGCUUUAAAAAAGAUGCUGCUGCGCAGUGUCAGGUAUUGUGCAAAACCUGCCUUGCUAACGUUGCUACCUCACGGGGCAACACUACUAUACCUGUAUCAGCACUUAAAAAAAUGCAUGGCUAAAAAGCCGAACACCAGUGUGUCAAGUAAGCCAAAUACCACCGGGCAGGGAUCACUGACCGUAAUGUUUUUAAGCAUAACUCCAUAUGAACGUACUUCAAAACGGCACAUGGAAAUUACUCAAGCAGUAACAGAGUUUAUCGCGAAAGAUAUGAUGCCCCUCAGUACGGUGACCAAGUCUGGGUUCACAGCUUUGAUAAAUACACUGGAUACGCAGUACAACAUGCCCUCACACACAUAUUUUAGCCAGGUCGCCAUACCGGAGCUACACAAAAAAUGCAAACAGAGAGUCGCAGCGGAGCUGAAAACAAAGGAGUUUUUCGCUGCUACAACUGACAUGUGGUCAAGCCGUACAGCGGAGCCCUAUAAGAGUCUUACGGUGCAUUUCAUUACUGAAGACUUCAACCUCAAAGCUUGCUGCCUUCAAACUGCCUACUUCCCAGAUGACCAAACAGGGGAAAAUAUUGCAGCCAGCCUGAGAGAGGGGCUUGUCAGCUGGGAUCUCCAUGAAGAGAACUUUGUCUGCAUUACGACGGACAACGCAUCAAAUAUGGUGAAGGCAGCACAGCUUAAUGAAUGGACCAGGCUCCAGUGUUUAGGCCACAGAUUACAUCUUGCCAUUGAAAAUGCAAUCAAAGAUGACAGAGCGUAAAGAGCAACAGGGCUGUGCAAGAAGCUGGUGGGGCACUUCUCCCACAGUUGGAAGAAGGCAGCAGCAAUGUCUGAGG